AUGAGACCAACCGGAGCGACAGCACGGGCAGCAACUGGUGCACUGGCGGUGGUAGUCAUGCUGGUAAUGCUGGCUAAUCUCGCCCGCGCACAGAUCGACUGGGCCGAGGACGACGACGAUCCAGUGUCCACAGUGACAGUUGAAGCGGUCCUUGGACGGACGGCUACCCUACCGUGUGACAUCGAGCCGGAGGAACUGAACGAUCGAGUGUAUAUGGUGCUGUGGUUUCGGGAGAGUGCUGGCAAACCAUUGUACAGCUACGACGUACGGGGGAGACAAUUCUCCAAGGCACUCUACUGGUCGGAAACGAGCGCCUUCGGACCGCGGGCGUAUUUCGUGACGAUCUCCAAACCGGCCGCUCUCAGCGUGGACAACAUCCAGCUGGACGACGAAGGGGUGUAUCGCUGCCGGGUGGAUUUUCAGAACUCGCCCACAAGAAAUCAUCGCAUCAACCUGACCGUAACCGUGCCACCGCAUCAGAUCCUCGUGUACGACGCGUCCGGGCUGGACGUGACCGGUGCUAUUGGGCCGCUGCAGGAAGAUGACAACCUGGUGCUUACCUGUGAAGUUCGUGGAGGACGUCCGGAACCAACCGUCACCUGGCUGAACGGGGAUGAAAUCAUGCAAACUGGCGGCGGAAUCUCGAUGGGCCGGCACGUUACCGUCAAUCGGCUGGAAAUACCGAAAAUGACACGAUCAGCACUGAACAAUACGUACAAGUGUCAGGCAUCGAACACCAAGCUCGUGCCACCGGCCGAGCGUAGCAUACGGGUGGAUAUGUUGCUAAAACCUCUAUGGACAGCACUAUUCUCGAAACCGAAACAAUUUAUAUCGAACCAGGAGUACGUGCUGGCGUGCAAUGUGGAUGGUUCCGUACCGGAGACGGAUAUCAAAUGGAUGCAAAACAAUCGACCCUUCACGAAGGGAAAGAUAAAAAUCAUCAAUAACAGCUCGAUGGUGUCGUCUGUGCUGAGCUUUCGACCCCAUCCCGAUGACGAUGGUACAAUACUCAAGUGUGAAGGUUCUAACCCACGCCUCCAAAACUCCGUCCUCGAAGAUUCGGUCAUCAUGAACGUUCUUUAUCCACCGCAAGUGACACUGUCGCUGGGAUCAACGCUUAAUCCCGACGACAUCAAGGAAGGCGACGACGUCUACUUCGAGUGUCACAUUAAGGCAAAUCCGAGGGAGCAUCGCAUUACAUGGUCACACGAUGGCCUGCCUGUCACACAGAACGUAACCUCCGGCGUCAUCAUCUCAACGCGGUCACUAGUGCUGCAGCGCGUCGGAAGAUUUCAUUCGGGCAGCUACGCCUGUGCGGCGGCGAACGAUCGUGGUGAAACGCAGAGCGAUCCGGUUGCCCUCAAGAUACAUUUUGCACCGGUUUGCAUAUCAAACAGUAUCAUGAUUGUCGGUGCAUCGCUGGACGAAACCGUUCCGGUACCGUGUCACGUAGCGGCCGAUCCGCUGGACGUGUCCUUUGAUUGGAACUUUUCCAACAGUGGCGAACGGUUCGAGGUGGCCAGCGGCCAGUUCAAUCUGCUGCAGGAGUUCCAUUCGGAGGGCAUCACCCAAUCCCGGUACGAUGCCGAUGAGGAUAAUUCAGAAACGAUCUACGAGCUGCUGUACACGCCGAAAAGUGAACGUGAGUACGGUACGUUGGCAUGCUGGGCGAAGAAUUCGAUCGGCAAGCAGGUCGAACCGUGCCUCUUUCAAGUAGUUCCUGCAGCCAAACCUGCCCCACUGCGCAACUGUACGCUGCGCCCGUACUCGACCCUAAUGGCCUCGGGUCAGCACGGUCAGAAUGGUACCGCAGCGUCAGCAGCAUCCGCGUACUCGUACACGUACGGUGACCCACCGGGCAGCCGACAUUCGGGUCAGCACUAUCGGGACACUAAUUACAUUGGGCCACAAUUCGUUAAAGAUCGGAACGUGCCACCGGACCGGCGGAAUGUUACAGUGAAAUUUAAUCAGAAAAAUCCCAACCUCCCAACCGGGGCCGGUUCCACCCCGUCCGCAUCGUUGCGCUCGUCGUCGGCCAAAGCUUCCGGCACGGUUUCGAACCGUCGCGAACGGCGUAACCGCACCGGCGGUGGUUUGCCUUCGAUCCGUGACGCCGAUACGGCCCGCCUCACCGCGGAUGGCACCGAUGAGGGUGGCGCCGGAACCGGAUCAAAGGAACCCCUGUCCUCGCCGCUCCUUCCGCCCCGCCCACUGCCGUCCCAAUCGACGGAGCUGCUUCGGCGGCGCGUCAGCAGUGGGAAGAGCAGCAGCUCGACCAGCGAGGAGCAAAGCAGCCGUACGAGCCUGCUAAACACGGCAACGGCUGUCCUGCUCGGCGAGGGCAGUUCUGCGGCCGUCCUGGCCUCAUCCGCAACCGGUAACGAGCCAACCGAGCAACAGCGCGGCAGCCGACUACGCCGGUACACCACCGGUGGUGCCAACCUACGCAACGCCAGCCUACCCCGAACGGCCAACAGCAGAGGCAGCGAAAACACCGUCAGCAGCAGCAAUCAGCUUUCGUAUCCGCUGCACAGCGACGAACGGGCACGUGGUGGAAAUAAUUAUCACUCGUCAGCCAAUGCAGCGGCAGCAUCCGCACCACCGAUUGCAUCGCAAUUAAGAUCGAAAACGAUACGCCACCAAUCGACACUCGCCCCCGUCCCACCGUCCACUGCGUCCCUCUCGUCCUACGGUGGCGGAUUUUCCGGUGUGAAUGGUGCGACCGGACACGGGGCCACUUCCUACGGAGGCAAUCAUCAUCAGCACCAUCAGCAUAACUACGCGUCGCCAUCGGACGGUGGCGGCGUUGGCGGUGGCCUCACCGCUUCCGAGCUGCAGCCCACCAUGAUGGAGCUGGAGUGUGUCGCCGGCUAUGACGGUGGCCUGCCGCAGCACUUUUUUCUCGAAGCCUACGACUCCCGGACGCGCAAAUUGCGCCUAAACAUCACAAGUGCCCUUAACGACGUUCCGCUUUUCCGGAUCGACCUAACCGAACUAAGUCCCAGCGAAGCCUACACACCCACUCUACACCUGAUAGCGUACAGCGUGAAUCAGAAAGGUCGUUCCGAACCGACGAUCCUGGAGGAUAUAGCAAUUAAUGAAGCUGAAAAAAGGACCGAUGGCACGGAGGGUUUCGCGAUAUUACCAUUUGCGGCACUGCUAACGGGUGCCCUCUUUACCAUCGGUAUCGCUGUCCUGCUGGUCGUCGUUCUCGCUAUCCGGCGAAAGCGUGAUGGCCACGGUGGUGGUCUGUGUGACGGCAAAGAAAAACACCUCGGCAUGGACAUCACCGUGACGACACCGCUCGAGAUGGGCAUGGGGCAGCAGAAGUACGUGGUCGCCUACACGCUCAAGCAGGGUGUCGAAAAGCAGCCGGACAUACUGAACGCCCAGAAGACGGGUUCAGCCAGCGUGCAGUCGAUAAAGGAUAUGGGCCAAAAGAUGGGCUCCCCAUUGGGUGUGCGUGGUCCACCGGCCGGCACAAUCUACGCCACACCGGGUGGUUACGACCAGCAAAAAUCAACCCCGUCCAGUCGACAGAGUACGCUCAAACGAACGGACGCUUCCGCCAACAGUUACUGUCUGCUGCAACAGCAGCAGCAACAACAGCUAAGCAGCACCAGCAAAUACCCGGGAGAGCUGGUGGAGUACGAGAAACCGUACACGAACUAUCAGCACACACUGCAGUACAACCACAAUCCGCCGCCGCUCGUCGAUCCGUACGCGUACAAGAGUUCCCCACUGGGUGCCAUCCCCGGGGAACAUCAGCAAACAACGGGCGAGCCGGGCGUUGCGUCCAAUCCGGGCUUCGAGUAUCGAAGCAGCAGCCGCAGCAGCAGUGGAAACCUGAAGCAGGCGGCCACCACCCUGAACGGUGCCGGAAACCCCGAGUACCGGUACUCCGGGUCCGAAUUCGUGACGGAUCUGCUCGACUUUAGCAGUGCCCCGUCACCAUCGUCCGGUUCGACCGUUGGCGCAACACUAACGAAGACACGAAACCGGCAGCACAUCAUCACCGAUACACUCCCCGGGCCGGAGAGCUGCGUGUAG